AUGUUCCACACAGGGUCACACUCUCUCUGGGCAUUUGCAACAUUUAUACACGGACAGACCCAAUUCCCAGAAUUCAGUGUAGUGGUUAUGUUGGAUGAUCUUCAGGUGCUCUACUAUGACCGCAACAUAAAGAAAUGGAUCUCUCGAAGCCAACCAAGCUCAACAAAUGUUGUUGAAGAUUUUAUCCUUGAAGGUGCAAACAUUGUGAUGGAACAUGUUUAUAAUUCCAUGAGCAGUCCAGCACACCGUGUAAACCUCCUCUCCAAUCACACUGGAGGAGUUCAUGUUCAUCAGAGGCUGGGUGGAUGUGUGCUGGACAAUGACAAAGCCAGCCCAGUCACGAUGUGGGAAGCUUAUGAUGGAACGGCAGCGACACGCUACGACAUGCAUAAUCGCACCGUCAACCCUCUAUGGCCACAGCUUAUGUGGUCCACAAAGGAAAAAGAAUACUGGCCAAUGCAAUAUAGACAUAUUUAUCAGCCUAUUUGUAUCCAAACACUGAAGUACUAUCUGGAGAAAGAGAAGAACAUUGUGUUAAGAAAAGAGCGCCCCAGAGUCAGGCUGAUCCACAAGCCAUGCACUGAGACUGGAGAAAUGAAGGUGAGCUGUCUGGCCACGGGCUUCUACCCCCGACAUAUCAACCUGACCGUGCUGAGAGACGGGCAUCCCGUCCCAGAUGAGGAGCUGAUUCUGGGGGAGGUGUUACCCAAUGGAGACGGGACCUACCAGACAAGGAGGACCCUGAGUAUCCGUUCAGAGGAACUGAGAGAGAGACAUCAUUACACCUGCUCUGUCACACAUCUUACUCUGGACAACAAGCUGGACAUAAACUGGGAACCAGAGGAAGGCUCAGAUGUUGCAGUCAUCAGUUCUCUGGUUGUAGUGCUGGUUCUGGUUCUUGUCUCUACCAUCCUUUUAUUUGUCAUCUAUAAGAGGAGGCGCAGAGAGCACCCCAGAGUCAGGCUGAUCCACAAGCCAUGCACUGAGACUGGAGAAAUGAAGGUGAGCUGUCUGGCCACGGGCUUCUACCCCCGACACAUCAACCUGACCAUGCUGAGAGACGGGCAUCCCAUCCCAGAUGAGGAGCUGAUUCUGGGGGAGGUGUUACCCAAUGGAGACGGGACUUACCAGACAAGGAGGACCCUGAAGUUCAAUGAGAUGGAGGUUGAGAGGGAGAGCCCGCCGUGUCAGACAGACCUCGCGUUCGCCGCUCAGACCGGUCCUGACCGGCCGAAGCUGAGUGUCAGCGCUGCACUCGGACACGGGGCGGCGGGGAAGGGAAGGAGGCCGUAA